AUGCAAUCCCAUCUUGAAGCUGGAGGCAUGAGGAGCAGUAUUAAUUAUCAAGGUGAUCGCGCGGGACCUAGUUCUAGAGGCGGAGCGAGAAUCCGGGGUAUUCGUGCAAGGCGCCACGUACCGUACUCGGCUCGCCACAACCGACCACGGGGAGCAAAAAUCUCCUCAGUUUAUAGCCCUGAGGAGUGUAAUCAAGAGUCCUCGGAUGAUUCCACACAGCCCCCAAGCCCCCCACCAUCCACCAACCCAAUUCCCACACCAGCGCCUAUUCGAGAACCCUCACCGGUGCGGGAACAAUCACCUACUAGAGAACAUGCAAGAUUGGAAGACUCACCCCAAAUUGUUGCAGACGCCCCCACGGAGCCCGUACUAACGCAGCAACAGAGGUUACGAAAACGUGGGCCCGCUCGAUGCAUUGAGUUUGAGAAGGUGAGAAAGAACGGGAAAGUGAUUUUAAAGAUAAACGAUGGUGAGACUGCCCCUUGUUGUGAUCAUGCCCCUAUGUUCACAACACGAGUAUCAUGGAUUGUGAAACAAUAUUGUGACAUGAGUUAUGCGCGAUGGACUGAUGUCCCACAAGCGAUGAAAGAGGAGCUAAUUGACCGUGUUCGGGCUGACUUUGUGUUAGACUGGGAAAGGGAAAACCACCGGUUGACGGUGACAAAGGCACUUCGUAAGCGCUUCAACUCCUUCCAUCAUGACUUGCACAAGAUUUACCAAUCCUUUGGAAGCCAUGAAGAAGCUUUAGCUAAUGGCACAAGCAUGGUGGACCCACUUGUAUGGGUGAAGUUGUGUGGCAGGUGGGGCAGUGAGGCCUUUAAGAAAAUGUCUUCUCAGAACCGGGAGAACCGAAAGAAGCAAGCAAUUAAUCACACAUCAGGACGUAAAUCAUUCGUCCGAAUACUUGAGCAAAAGCGCGCUGAGAAUGGAAAUUUGGUGGACUUCUAUAAAGAGACACGCUGGUCGAAGAAAAAGAAUAAGUUCGUGACAGAUGCUACUGAAGAACAUUACAAGGAGAUGCAAGGUAGAUUGGAUGGCCUAGAACCAGAGGAACGAAGUGGUGAGGCAGCAGCGACGGUCUUUAGGGAGGUCCUCGGACAUCGACCUGGAUAUGCACGAGGACUUGGGGAGAUGGUCAUCCCCGAGUCAAGUAGACAACGUGACCAAGUUAAAAUGCAAUGCUACCAGUCAGAGAUUGAAAGAUACAAGAAAGAUGCUGAACAACAUAAGAAAGAUGCCGAAGACUAUAAGAGUCAGCUGGAUGAAAUGAGAUCAGAGGUGCGGGCUCUUAGGGAGCAUGCGAUUCAAACUGAUAGGCUGCUGCAAGCGUUCUUUAAGGAUCAUCCCACAUUCACUGAGUCAUAUCGCCAGACUCAGUGUAAUGAUUCCCCCGACCCAUAAGGGGGGGUCGAGUGUUUUUUGGCAUUUUGGGUGCUUUUUUGUUAGUCAAAAAGACAGCUGGGCAGUAAUCUAUAUAUAUAUAUAUACAUAUUACUAUAUAUAUAUAUAGUAAGGGGUAUAUGCCAACACAUGGGAUAUUGGGGAAGUUUAGGCCCGACGACUGGAUCGUUAGAAGUUUUUGAGCAUUUGAUAUUAAAUCGAUGGUUCCAGUUCGUCGUUUCAAUGGCAAUUCCUCUGACUUCAAAACCAACAGGUAAGUACUCACAUAUAAUCUUCAAAUAAACUUGGCCGAGUUGGCCACAACACUAGUUUUAAGGAUUUUCAGUUUCCUCUUUGCAUGCACACUAAUAUAAUUUUACGUUUAUUUGUUGCUUCUAUGUUGGUAUAUUCCUAAUGGCUAUGUUAAUCCUUUUUUUUUAGUUGGUUUAUUGUACAAAUGCAGUAAUAUUGUCUUUCCUCCACGUUCAAGGCUUCUGAAGUUGAAUGAUGGUGGCGGCUUCAACUUGGGGGUCCAAGUCAGUUAUAGAAUAUCUGAAGAGAUAUGAGAGCAAUGAUGAGGAAGGAAGGAAAUUAGGAAAAGAACAAAAGGACGAAGAAUGUGGUCCAAAGUAAACCAGAUGUAAAAGGUGUUUUAGUCGUGGAUGAAGAUCCAGUUUGUCACAAACCAGUUAAUCUUGAAGCGGAAAACAAUGAUGAUUCAGCUGGUAAAAGGAAUUUACAUUUUGGCUUCUUGAAUUUUCUUGUUCCAUAUGUGUAUGAGUUUGUUAUUAUGGGGUGUUAAAAAUUUUCUGCCGUUUGAUGUUGGAGAAGAGAACGUAUAUCGAAGGAAGACUUUUUGAAGUCAAGGCAGAAAGUAAAAGUAGAAGAGAAGCCCAAGGUACUUUGGAAUAUUAUCAUAAACCUGUCAUGUGUGAGGAGCGGUAUAGUGAGUUUAUAAAAUUCUUGUGAGUAUUUUAUACCUCAAACCUGUUUUCUUUGGUUGGUGGACUGGUCAACUUUUACCCUUGAGCCCAUGUUACUCAAUUAUGCUGACAAGUGCCACUGUGGCCGUUCAGUAUUUUUCAUGUUUCAGCAUAAAAGAAAUUUCCAUUUUAUUACAAGAAUUACAAUUCUCAUGAAUGAAGGAAAUUGGUGUUUGUAACAGAUAUAUUAGGAUAAAGAGUGCAUGUGCAUAUACCUGGGCGUUUAUUUUUUCUUUGUUUUUUCCCCUUUUACAUUUCCCAAAUCUUGCAAGAACUUAAUUGUGGAAGGGAUAGAUUCAGGUUGUACAAAUUGCAGUCUGAUGAUGUUCGUGACUAUGAAAAAUUUUCCUUUUCUUGUUCUUUUAAUCUCUUAUGAGGCUUUGGUGAAAAUGUUACAGUAAUUCUGCUAGUUGUCAAAGAGACUCGGUGGUUAUUUACAAAUGACUAUUAUUAAGUGUUGGCAGACACAGAUCAAUUCUAUUAUGGAAGGCGUUAAACCAUGAGGUUGUAGAGGAUGAAAAGGUUUUCCAUUUAAUAUGGAGAAGAAGUUGGAAGUUGGGGAAGGGCUUGGCUCAAAAGCGGGAAGCUGAAGCUAAGCUGCAGGAAUUGGAACUUAAGAAGGAAAAGCCAUUUGCACAAACCAGAUGGGAACAUUCUUCAAAGCUUUAAAACAUUGUGCUGUUCAUUGGCGUGCACUGAAGGCACCAACAAGCACAACUUGGUAGUUCUUUGAUUUUGGAUGUAGUAGAGGAUUGAACAUGUUUCAAAUAUUAGUGAUUAUAUUUCUCUUCACAUCUUUGUAGCUCAGCUUGUACUUGAUAUGACAGUAUAAUGCACCACCCAGUGUAAAAAUAUAUAUGA